AUGGACAAAGUUCAAAGUUCUUUUGCUGUUUUAUUUUUGUUUUUAAUGGAGUACCCACUUCAUCUGUGUGUGCCUUAUGCAGAUUAUUUUCCCUUAGAAAGACAGCCAAAUGUCACCAAACAACCCAUACAGUUCGGUAAGCAAUUUCAUUUGGUCCAUGGAGCUAUCCCAAGACCCAAAGCUCCGAGUACCACGCCCAUGCAGCCCCCAGCGAGCACUGAUGAUGAGAAGAGUGAGCCUGCAAGGACCACCCUUGGUUUUAUAGGAUAUUCAGUGGGCCUAAACACCAACCCCUGGAAAGCAGCAUGGAUUCCUCAUAGACCUGCUUUUGUUAAAGUAAUUACAAUUGCAUGUAUAGCCCUCACUAUUGCCCUGAUAUUUGGGACCAUUAUUUCCUACGUGAUAUAUCGACUGGUAGAGGCUGAGGAAAAACAACAACUUGCAUCACUUUAUAAAAAUAUCAAGAUCCCAUCGUUAGGAGAUGAAGAGGAAUUCUUUGAGGAUGAGAGCCAGGAUGAGUCCACGUACCUGCUUCCAGAGAAUGAGAAGGAACUGGAAAAUUUCAUUCAUUCAGUUAUUAGAUCCAAAAGAAGAAAACAUUUUGAAAAGAAGAGACUGAAUGCAGCACAAAACUUAGUGAAGGAAGUGAAAGUAAAGGAUCCUGUGCAUACUGCCAAUGUGGGGAGUCUGUGA